CCACACGGCAGGCAGUUAGGCAAAACCUAGGGACUUCGUGGUGAGUCAGCGACAGCGGCACGGCGGAGUUCCCAAUGACGCGACAGCUCUACCUCGUAAUUCUCUCACCGAUAUUCCCAGCUGCGAACCAGAAUCCUGAGGAGCUUUAGUAGUCGCGAAACAGCAGGCAUGCUGUCAUGCUUUCGCGAACUCGCCUCACGAAGCUCGUUAGCCUCCAAUGUCCCUGGGACCCACAUACCACAAGGCACUUUGACAGCAAUGCGACCACGUAGCCCGCUCGACAGCCCUCUUAGCUUUUUUCGAUUAUCCCUCCAUUUUGUGAGGCUCGCCACGUGUCGUGAAACUAGCUCGCGCCAAUGCUGCAUGAUAGGCGCGCAGCUCGCACUAGGAGGUUUCGCGGGAGCCACAAUCUAGGCCCUUCUUUUCCAUCCGUUUCGUUAGUACGUUCCUUGACCGACUAUCAAGUACACUCAGCACUCACUUAGGCUGUAACAGCGGUAAACGUUACCCGUCACAGGUAAAACUCUUUUCGUGAACUUUCGCGAACGGAAGCCACCACAACAGGUUACACCAGCAGCAGCAGCAGCAGCAGCAGCACCACCACCUCUGCCUGUUUGCCCAAGUGUCGGUCAUAAAUCGCCAGUAUGCCGUGGUUCGGAGGGAAAAAAGCAGCCAAGGCUCCGCCGCCGCCGCCUAACGGCCUGCUGCAGAUCAGCGAUCGCGUCUUCGUGUUCGAUUCCUGCAUAGCCAACGACGUCCCCACCACAGCCACCUACCGCCUCUACUUCCGCCAGAUCUGCACGGAUCUCCGCAAUCAAAUCCCCGACGCCUCGAUCCUGAUCUGCAAUUUCCGCGACGGCAGCAGCGGCUCCAGCCGAACCCUCUUCGCCUGCUCCUACUUCCUGGACUUUGAUGCCACAGUGCUCGAAUACCCGAGACAUUUCGAGGGCUGCCCGAUCCUCUCGCUUGACCUGAUUGACCAUUUCCUCCAGUCCACCAAUAGCUGGCUCCAGCAGAAAUUUGACCUGCCCGGCCGCAAGUCGCAGCAGGAGAAGAAGUAUUUGCAGGAGGAGGCCAAUGGGGGGACACCAGCAAAGCAGCAGCAGCAGCAGCAGUUAGGGCUGUUUUCGCCGGGCGGCAACGGGCGGCGGAAGAACGUGGUCCUCCUGCACUGUGAGAGAGGCGGGUGGCCUCUCUUGGCUUUUAUGGUCGCUUCGUUUCUAGUUUUCCACAAGGAGUGGUCCGGAGAGGAGGAGCGGGCACUCUUAAUGAGCAUCUAUAAAGCCGCUCCCAAGGGCUUUUUACAGCUGCACUACCCCUUAAACCCCGUGCCGUCCCAGGCGAGAUAUCUACAGUACAUAGCGCGCAGCGUCAGCUCUUUACCGCACUGCUUCAUGGAGAAAGAAAGCAAGGAUAAGAAGGGGAAGGGGAAGAAGGAGACGAAGGAGGAGGAGAGUGACUGGGGCCGGCAGGCGGUGGUGCCUUCGUCUAGAGAGGGGUGCUUGGGCGGCAGGGGCAGCCGGAUGGUGAUGUUGGACUGUGUGAUUAUGCGCGGCGUGCCACAAUUGGAUUCCAGGGGCGGGUGCUGCCCCGUGGUGCGGGUGUUUGGGCGGGACCCGGGUUUGCCAGACUGCAGGGACUCGGGGCUGCUAUUCUUGAGUGCUCGCCAUGGGGUCAAUCGAGCCAAGUACUACCUGCAGAGGGACGCCGAGGUGGUGAAGAUCGACGUGAUGGCAGUGGUGCAGGGCGACGUGGUGAUAGAGUGCGUGCACGUGGACAUGGAGGGGGCGGGCAGCGAGCAGAUGGUGUUUCGAGUGGCGUUCAACGCCGACCAUGUGCGGUCCAACAUGCUCGUGCUCUCAAGAGACGACCUCGACAUCCUCUGGCACAAUCGGGAGCGAUUCACCCAAGACUUCCGAGUCGAGAUCCUGCUAACAGACCGGGAGUCCAAGGUACCACCUCCCCCAGCUGCCACCUCCCUGGCCACGGACGAUUUCGGCGGGCUGCCCUUGGACUCGUUCAUGAAGCUCAAGGAGGCGUUCGAGGACUCUGAUUGGUCGCAAGACGACAGCACGCGCGCCCUAGAAGAGAUCCGCCACACCCUCUACGCUGCUGCCAGCGCCAAGCGGCGAAACAGGCGCAGCGGAGGGGGGAACGGGGCCGGGGGGCGGGGGGGGCUGAGGGUGCGAACCAGGGUGCCGGCUGGGGGGAAGUGGGGGCCGGGAGGGGCGGGGUUUCCUGGGGAUAUGCUUGAUGAUAGCGAUUAUGCAUCGGAUUUGGAUUCCGGAGAUACUUCUCCGACUUUCUCGAGUAUGUUGCAGUCUAGGGACGGGAGCCCGUCACCCUCGCGGCCGUUUGGGAGUGGUUUAGGGUUUGGGAUGUUUGGGUUUACAGGGGGGAAGGUGCGAAGAAAAUUGGGGUCUGAGAGUAUGCUCCCACCGGGGUUGCUGUUUGCUGAGCAGACUUCGACUUGCGGGACGUAUGGGGAGGAGGAAGGGUUGACUAGGAGGGAGAGGGCGAAUGCCGGGGAUUUGAAGAUGCUGUGGUUGGAUCUGGCUAAUGGGCCGUCGUUGUAUGCGAUGGAGUGGGACCCGGAGCUGAAUCCUGUUCUGGGGAAGCUUUUAAGGAGGAUGUCGAAGCGGGUGCCAGGGUUUAAGCUGCCCGAGAUGGGUUUGUUGGGGCAGAAGGAAAAAGGUGAGGCGGAUGUGGGGAAGGAAGUGGAGAAGGAAGAGGGGAAGGAAGAGAAGGAGGAGGAGGAGGAGGAGAAGAAGGAGGAGAAGAAGGAAGAGAAGAAGGAGGAGGAGAAGAAGAAGGAGGAGAAGGAGGAAGAGGAGGAUGAGGAGGAAAAGGCGGCUGCUGCUGCAGCUGCUGCUGCUGAGGCUGCAGCAGAGAGGAAGAAACAGGAGAAGCUCAGGAAAGCAGAAGAGAGACGCAAGGAAGCAGAGAGGCGGAAACAGGAGGAGGAGGAAGAGGAGAGGAGGGAGGAGGAGAGGUGGAGGGAGGAGCAGAGGAGGAGGCAGGAGGAGAGGGCUGCUAGAAAAGCGGCGCUAGCUGCCAAGAUGGCGGAACCAGAGCCACCCAGCUUCAAGGGCCCCCCUGGCGCGCCCCCUCCCCCCCCGCCCCCCGGGUUCAAGGGGAAGGGCCCCCCUCCGCCCCCUCCUCCCAAGGGGAAGUUUGGGGCUCCCCCUCCCCCUGGGGGGGCGUAUGCAGGGGCGUAUGGUGCGCCCGCUGCACCGCCGCCGAAGAAGAAGACCCCGCUGAAGGCGUUCUUCUGGGGGAAGGUGACGCGGGUGGUGGAGGGCAACAUGUGGGCUGAGGUGCAGAAGGAGGAGCAGGUGGCCGCCACUCCCAAGUUGGAUCUGGAGGAGCUGUACCCGGAGCUGGAGGAUCUUUUUUCUGCCGCCCCUCCGCCCAAGAAGAAGGACACUGGCCCCAAGAAGGAAGCCAAGCCGCAAGCACUCUCUCUCAUUGAUAUGAAGCGCGCCAACAACUGCAUGAUCAUGCUUUCCAACAUGAAGCAGUUCAAAUACUCCGAGAUUGUGGACGCCAUCCUGGCCCUGGACAGCAACGUGCUGGACGCGGAGAAGGUGGACGCGCUGCUCAAGUUCUGCCCCAAUAAGGAAGAAGGCGAGAUGCUCAAGGGCUGUGGCAUGCCCCCUGAGAAGCUGGGCAAGUGCGAGCAGUUCUUCCUCGAGAUGCUGCGAGCGCCGCGUAUCGAAGCCAAGCUCAAGAUCUUUGAGUUCAAGCUGUCGUAUGACCAGCAGGUCAAGGAUGUGCGGGGCAAUAUGGACCUCGUGUACAAUGCUUGCAAGGAGGUGCGCGAGUCCAAGCGACUGCGCAGGAUAAUGCAGACCAUUCUGUCCCUGGGAAACGCGCUCAACCAGGGCACGGCGAGGGGGUCCGCCGUGGGCUUUAAGCUCGACUCCCUGCUCAAGCUGACCGACACCAAGACGCGCAACAACAAGAUGACGCUCAUGCACUAUCUGGCCAAGGUGCUCACUGAUAAGCUUCCGGAGCUCGCAUUGUUCUGGGAGGAGUUGCCGUCCCUGGAGCCCGCCCACAAGAUCCAAGUGAAGCAGCUGGGGGAGGAGAUGCAGCAGCUCACCAGCGGCACCACCAAGCUAGAGCGCGAAAUGGUGGCCUCUGAGAGGGACGGGCCGGUGUCUGAGAACUUCAGAAAGGCGCUCAAGGAGUUUGCGGACGAAGCCACUGCAGGAGCCAAGGAACUGUCAGCGUUCUAUGCUGACGUGUCUAAGGCCACUGACGGCCUUUCAAGAUACUUUGGAGAAGACCCCGCCAAGUGCCCUUUUGAACAAGUGGCGACGGUUUUGCACAACUUUGUGGAAUCGUUCAAGAGGUCCCAAGACGAGAACAUAAAGAACGCAGAGGCAGAGAUCAAGCGCAUCGAGAAGGAGAAGAAGAAGGAGGCCGAGGAGAAGAAAAAGGCGGAGCUGGCCGCCAAGAAAGCCGCUGAGAAAGAGGCGAAAGAAGCCAAGGAGAAAGCUGCGCGGGAAGCGAAAGAGGCGAAGGAGAAGGAGGAGGGUGGUAAGGGAGGAGGGGAGGAGAAAGGGGAGGGCGGAGGAGAUGGGGGAGGGGAUGGGAAGAAGGAUGGAGAUAAGGAAGGGGAGAAGGAAGGGGAGGAGAAGAAGGAGGAGAAGAAGGAGGAGGGGAAGAAGGGGCCGAUUGAUAUGCUUGCUGCGAUCAAGAAGCGGCACGUGGCGAAUGAUGAUGAUGGGGAUGAGAAGAAGGAAGAGAAGAAGAAUGGGGAUGAGAAGAAGGGUGGGGAUGAGAAGAAGGGUGGGGAUGAGAAGGUGGGAGGGAAGGAGGAGGGGGGGAAGGAAUCGGAGCAGAGUGAGGAGGAGUCGAGCAGUGAUGACGAUGAUGAUAGUGAGAGUGAGGAGGAGGAGGCGACAGGAGACAAGCCGGCAGAGGGAGCAGCAGCAGCCGGAGCAGGAGGGGCAGCAGCAGCAGGUGAUGCAGCAAAAGAGGGGGGAGCUGCAGCAGCAGCGGCAGGGGAGGAAGGGGCGAAGGAGGGGGGCAAGAAGAAGGUGGUCAAGAAAGUGGUGAAGAAGGUGGUUAAGAAGAAGAAGGCACCGGAAGGGGAGGGGGCGGCCGAAGGGGAGGGGGGUGAAGGGAAGAAGAAGAAGGUUGUCAAGAAAAAGGUGGUCAAGAAGAAGGAUGGGGCGGCUGCUGCUGGGGAAGGGGGAGAGGGGGAGGCAGGGGCCGAAGGGAAAAAGGUGGUGAAAAAAAAGGUUGUUAAGAAGAAGGUAGCCGCUGAUGCGUCCUCUUGAGGUUUGAGGUGACUAGAUUGCC